AUGGAAAACAAGGAUUUGUACGACAUGGACGCCUGCAAGAAAGAGAACCAGGCCCCAGUAGUUCAGCCAGAAUACUCUGGCUAUUCACAAUAUCUUCAAGGCCGGCCCUUAUACCCAACAAUGCCUUAUCCCAUGCAUCCCAACUUUUAUGGUGGAUUUAUGUAUGCUGUAAGUUUGAAUUUUAAGAGACGGAUCGAUUAUUGGUUUUAUAAGAACAUAAGAGGAAGGCAUGGUAAAUUUUUUGGUUGAAUAUUAAGUGCCGACAUAAAGAACCCGUCAUACUUUUCUUGUAAUUUCUUGUAAAAAAUGGCGGGUUCUUUAUGUUGGCACCUAAUAUUAGGUUGAGCCAAAAGUAGCUGGACACUUUUUACUUAUUUGUUAGUCAAAAAGUGUCCCGAUACUUUUAGUUCAAUCUAAGAGAUCUCAGGGUAGGGUUAAUAUAGUAGGUAGGGUGUAGUAGCUUUUUUAUGGCAUGACAGAACAUUUUACCUUACCCCACUUUGCCCUACUUUAAAUACUCUCAUUUUACUUUGCCUUACCCUAUUUUAACCUGCUCUUACAUUACCGUGCCGUAUCCUAUCUUAACACUAUUUUGCCGUAUCUUACCCUUAAUCUACCCUGUUGUACCUGAAACAUACAUUACCUUGCCGUGCCUUACACUUACAUUCUCUUGUCGUACCCUGUCCUUGCUUCACUUUUCCGUAUUCUACCCUUACUCUCCUUUGCCGUACCUUACUCUUAAUUAACUUUACCGUACAGAACCCUGCCUUUACGUUACCUUGCCAUACCACACUUAAUCUGCUCUGUAGUACUUUGCUUUUAAUGUUUUCCUCCGUACCCUACCCUUAGUUUACCUUGCCGCGCCUUACUCUUACCUUACCUUGUCAUACCCUACCCUUAAUUCAACUUGCCCUGCUAUACCCGUAUCUUACCUUAUUAUAACUUACCCUUCUUUUACUCUACCGUACCCUAAUCUUAUAUUUCCUAGCCUGACUCUACCCUCAAUUUAUAGGUUUUCAUACCUACAUUGCUGUAUCUUACACUUUUACAAUCUCGCCGUGUUUUACACUUACAUUACCUUGCCGUACUUAAAACUGUUUUACUGUAUAUUUCUAAAAUUAAAAUUUUUUAAAUUUUAUUUAAAAAAGUUUUUAAAAUUUGGUAAAUCAUGUUCUUAAUAUUGUAGGACCCAUCCCAAAUUGCUGCCCCAUCAUCAGACAUCAAAAACCUGUCAGCCAACUCCUUCUUUCCUGUGAACUCCCCCUCUCCUCCAAACCGUACCAAAUCUCGCAACUCGUCCGCAUCACUACAUGAAGAUCCAGAGUAUCGACAAAAGAGAGCCAAGAACAAUGAAUCAGCACGAAAGUCGAGGAAACUUCGUGCUGAACGAGAACAAAAGAUGGUAAUGGAGAAUGAUAGGCUGAAGAAGCAGAUUCAGAGGCUGGAGGAAGAUCUGGCUGCGGCUAGGAUUCAAUUGAAGAUGUAUAAGGAUAGCGCUCUUAAGACUAGAAAUUAA